CCCUUGUUGCGCCGGCUGUUACUUUUGCCCUUCGCUUCAUCGCUGCUCGUCGCCACCAGCAGUCGCCACCAUGGGUCGUAUGCACAGUCGAGGAAAAGGUAUAUCUUCAUCGGCGCUUCCCUACAAGAGGACUCCGCCAAGUUGGCUAAAGAUCUCUGCACCAGAUGUGGAAGAAAGUAUCUGCAAGUUCGCCAAAAAGGGGCUUACGCCGUCGCAGAUUGGUGUCAUUCUCCGUGAUUCUCAUGGCAUCGCCCAGGUUAAGAGUGUUACUGGGAAUAAAAUCCUCAGGAUUCUGAAAGCUCACGGGCUUGCCCCAGCGAUUCCAGAGGAUCUGUACCACCUGAUUAAGAAGGCUAUGGCAAUCAGGAAACACUUGGAGAAGAACAGAAAGGACAAGGACUCCAAGUUCAGGUUGAUCCUGGUGGAGAGCAGAAUUCACCGCCUUGCUCGAUACUAUAAGAGGACCAAGAAGCUCCCUCCAACAUUUAAAUACGACGCCACCACUGCCAGCACUCUUGUGGCAUAAAGUAGUACGAUUUGAAAGUCAUGGUUCAAUAACUGUUGCUUGAUUCAGUGGAAAGACUUUUUUUAGCAAGAAAUGUGUCAAUGGGUAGUUGUUUUUUUUGUUCAUCCAAUUUCAACUACUUUUUCAGAUUGCUGGACCUUAAGCUAUUUGAACGGCAGUAAUUUUGUUAAAUGAAACUUUAUGAAUGUACUUUAGCUAAAUUAGUACUUGGUUUUGCUUGCA